CGCCCUCACCUCCCGCCGCCCGGCGCCGGUGUUGUCCAAGAUGGAGGGCGCCCUCUCGGUGCCGCUGCCAGUCCGGCUGCUGCUGUUGGUGGCGCUGCCAGCCGCGGGGUGGCUGACCAGCAGCACGCCCAGGCCGCCGUCCACAGCCCCGCAGGAUGGCAUCAGAAUUAAUGUAACUACCCUGAGAGACAACGGGGAGGCGUCAAAAGAACAGGUUGUUCUUAACAUAACCUAUGAGAACGGACAGGUAUAUGUAAAUGACUUGCCUGUAAAUAGUGGUGUAACUCGAAUAAGCUGUCAGACUUUGAUAGUGAAGAGUGAAAAUCUGGAAAAUUUGGAGGAGAAAGAACAUUUUGGAAUUGUCACUGUAAGGAUCUUAGUUCAUGAGUGGCCUAUGACAUCUGGUUCCAGUUCACAACUAAUUGUUAUUCAAGAAGAGGUGGUAGAGAUUGAUGGAAGACAAGCUCAACAAAAGGAUGUGAUUGAAAUUAACAUUUUAGUUAAGAACCAGAGAAUACUCAGACAAUCAAACUUUUCCCUUCCUGUGGAAGAAAGCAUGAUUUAUUCUCUUUCCCAAAACAGUGACAUUCUAUUUACCCUUCCCAACUUUUCUAAAAAAGUAGGAAGUGUUACUUCAUUGCAGACCACCAGCCAUUACCUCAUGGGGAGCGUGGAAACCGCUGUGGAGGGAAAUGCUUUACCUGGCAAAUUGCCUGAGACUCCUCUCAGAGCAGAGCCUCCAUCUUCAUACAAGGUAAUGUGCCAGUGGAUGGAAAAGCUCAGGAGAGCGCUCUGUCAUCUCUGGGGCAGUGUGUUCCCAGUGCUCUUCAUGUUUCUGAACGUCAUGCUGGUUGGAGUUUUGGGUGCAGCAGGAGUCAUAGCCAUGUUAAAGGUGCUUUGCCCAGCUUAUGAGAACAAAGGAAUUCUUCAGGUGGAUGAAAUGAAUGCCUUAUCUGUGGUACCUAUCAUCUUAUAUCCAGAUGGUUCUGAGAAAACAGAAGAAAAACUUAAAGAUAAAACGAGUAUUUAAAACAGCAUCUCCAAUCAUGGACUCUGAAUUAGUCUAUUGUCUCCAGACUUGCCAUUUGAAUACCAUUUUAUUUAAAUCAUUAAUCAGUUUAUACAUAGAAAUUGUCAAAUUCCUAAGGCUGUCUGAAAACUGACCUUUACUGUGCCAAGUUAGAGAUCACCUCGUUCCACACAUGGGUUGGCUGUUCAGGAGACGAAUUAUUAAGGGAAAUUUAAGUGGAAAAAUAUGUGACUUUGAAAUAACCAGAAUGAAAAAAGGUGAAACAGAACACCCAAGUGCCAUAAGCUUCCAAGUGCCUUUGCUGCAGAAACUAUCUGUUGAUUAGUAUUGUAAGGUUUUAUAAGAAGCACUUUAUGAAAUUGCAAUUUAAAAGCUGAAGAAUUUAACACUUUUUUACUCAGUACAAUGUGCCUUUAUAUCACACAGGACUCAGUAUGAAAUCACAUAAGUGUAUCAUGUCUGUGUUUGUGCCAAAACCGCUUACCUUGACUGUACCAGGAUUUAAAGAGACAUGUUUGCACUCUAAAUAAACUUUUUUUUUAAAGAA